AUGGAUCUUCGCCGUGCCCAUGCUGCUAGUCAGGGGCGGCCAGGUACGGCGCGCCAGAUCCUAGACUUGCCGAUGGCGGCACACAACCCGACGUCACUGCUCGACCUCAAGCCCUUCGCCGGGCUCGCCCAGGAGCCAGGACUCGCAUCGCCUCGGCCUCGGCGUUCCCCGCGACGACACCCUUGUCGAACCCGCCGUUGGUUCCAAGAACUGCCUGCUCGGUCCCCGACGCGACAGCCCGUUCAAGCUGCCACAACACCUCACGAAGCCUCUGGAUCCAAGAAGAAGAGGGUGAAGAGGCACGCUGCAAAGGCGAUCCUUGGUGCUCCCUGUACGUACGAAUAUGGACAGGAUAUGGUGUCCGUGUACAGGCUUCCGAGGAACGCCAUAUGUGCUCCCUGCCACAAAGGCGUCAAGGCCAUCAACGAAGGAACUUCAUUGAUGACUUCAUGUUGGGAAAAUGAGCUUGUGAUAUCCACAAGAGCAGAAAAAGCUAAUAUGAGACCAGUGAGAGAAUGA